CAAGAGAAGAGAGGUGAGAGGACAACCGAUGACGAUGACGAUGGGGUCAUAAUCCUUAUUCCUUACUACUCGCGCUCACACUCUACUCCCUCUGGGCUCUGGCUCUGGCUCUGGCUCUGGCCUCUUCCCCCCCUUAGCAAUUGCCAAUUAGCAUGCUUGAGAGAGUGCUCUCUUUGCGCAGACCUGCGCAGUAUAGCGAAGAAGGAGACGACGAAGAUGACGAAUCGAAGACCAGAAAGAACAUCUCCUUCGCCGUGAGAACCACCCAGUACAUGAAUAAGAUUGGGUUUUUGCGGCCAUGUAUCCUUCUCUUUCUUUUCCUUCUCAUCUUCUCCCUCUUCUCACCGCAUUCCCGCAAUCUCGUUUGUAUCUCUUCCUACCAGCCUUCUUCUCGGAUGAAUUUCUUUAGCAUCGACGCCCUUGAUUCCGACUUCGGAUACCUCGGUGUACCCUGGUGCAGAUCGAAACAUGGGCGAACGGUUGAAUGGACGUCAAAGGAUUUGCUUAAGGGCUUGGAGGAGUUUGUACCAAUCUACGAAACCCGUCCCAUAAAAAAUAACAUGUAUGGGAUGGGAUUCGACCAUAGCUUUGGUCUUUGGUUCAUUGCGCGGUGGCUGAAGCCAGAUCUUAUGAUUGAGAGUGGUGCCUUCAAGGGGCAUUCCACCUGGGUUCUCCGACAAGCAAUGCCAGACAAACCCAUAGUGUCUUUCACACCACGGCACCCAGAGAAGUACCUCAGGAAAGGACCUGCUUAUGUUGAUGGGAAUUGCACAUACUUUGCUGGCAAGGACUUUGUGGAUUUCGGUAGUGUUAAUUGGGGAAGUGUCAUGAAGAAACAUGGGAUUACUGAUGCUAAUCGUGUUCUCAUCUUUUUUGAUGAUCAUCAGAAUGAACUAAAGAGGCUUAAGCAGGCUCUGAAAGCUGGCUUCAGACAUCUUGUGUUUGAGGAUAACUAUGACACUGGAACUGGUGAUCACUAUUCACUGAGGCAGAUAUGUGAUCAAUUCUACAUUAGAGGUGGCGGUCAUAGUUGCUUCCCAGACAGUGAUGAAGCUAGGAUUAGGAUGCAGAGAAAUAAGUUCUGGGAAAAGGCUGUGGACAGAGAAGAACUAUGUGGGCCAGAUGGAGCAUGGUGGGGAGUUAGAGGGCAGAUGCGGGAUGAUUUCAACCAUAGCAACAAGGCAAUUUCUUAUGUUGAACAUUUUCAGAACAGCAGAUUUGUGGAAUCGGUACUAGAUGUCUAUUGGGAACUUCCUCCGGUGGCAGGUCCUUCCCUUACCCAUCAAACAAGAUAUGAUCCUGCCCGUGCACAGACACCUCUUGUUGAAGAUGGUAGAUUUGGCUUGUUUCAGAGGCUUGGCUUAACAAGACUUGAGAAUUCUGUAUUUAAUGGGUACACUCAGAUGGUUUAUGUUCAAAUAUCUGAACCUGGUUCUUGAAUACGCGGGAAUAGAUGGUAAAGGUUUUAUAGGGUGUACCCAAAUGCAGGGAAAUCUAGGAUCUACUAAUAUUUUGCAUUUUUCUUGCAUCACAUAUAUGAAGUUCGAUUGUUGUAUACCCCAUGCCAUUCAUUUCAAUGCAUUUAGGUUUGCAGAAUCA